AUGUCAGCCAUACCGAAUCUCCCUACCGACGUAUCGCGUUUGCAUGCAAACGGUGCAGCCAAGCCGUCUUUCAAGCUCAACAAUGCGCCGGUAGAGAACCUAAGACGUUUGAAAGUGAUUGUUAUUGGCGCAGGAUAUUCGGGUAUCUACUGUGGCAUCCGGAUACCUGAGAGGUUGAGGAAUGUGGACCUCGUCAUCUACGAGAAGAAUGCUGGUGUUGGGGGCACGUGGUAUGAAAACAGAUAUCUCGGUUGUGCAUGUGACGUGCCUUCACACUCGUAUCAGUAUACCUUCCAGCCGAAUCCCAACUGGUCUUCCCUAUACGCCCCUGCUGCCGAAAUCCAAUCGUACCUCCAAGAUGUAUGCCAAAUGUACUCUGCAGACAGGUUCAUCAAACUACGCCAUCAAGUCGAAGCGUGUCACUGGGAUGACAAGACUGCCAAAUGGAACAUUACCGUUAAGAAUCUGGCGACUGGUGAGACGAUCCACGACCAGGCAGACGUCUUGAUUCAAGGACGUGGCAACCUCAACAACCCUUCUUGGCCCGACAUAGAUGGGCUUGACACGUUCAAGGGCGAGGUGAUGCAUUCAGCAACCUGGAAUCAGAGCUACGACUUCGAGAACAAGCGGGUAGGCGUUAUCGGUUCCGGUUCCUCUUCUAUUCAAAUUGUACCUUCACUGCAGCGACUACCGGGAACGCAUGUCAGCACAUUUGUGCGUAGCAAGACAUGGAUCUCGCCUCCGUUUGGACAACAGCUCUGGGACAAGUACGGCUUCCAAGGAUCGACAAUCCCAAAGGAGAUGCGCGAUCGUUUCGCCAAUGAUCCAGAGUACUACCAAAAGUUCCGACUCUCGGUCGAAGAAGACGGAAACGGUAUUCAUGCGGUCACAAUGAAGGGAACGGAGAUGCAACUUGGGGCAAAAGAGAUGUUUAACAAACACAUGAAGGAGAGGUUGAAGAGCAAGCCAGAAAUCUUCGAGGCCCUUUUACCUUCUUUCUCGCCUGGAUGUCGUCGGUUGACACCCGGUCCUGGAUAUCUCGAGGCAUUGACACAACCCAACGUCGCGUUUGUAACAUCGCCCAUAACACAUAUCUCGGAAUCUGCCAUCCACACGGCCGACGGCAAAGCGCAUGAAAUCGAUGCCUUGGUAUGCGCAACAGGCUUCAAAUCAUCGGCUCCUCCUCCAUUUCCCUUGACUGGCAGCAACGGCCUCACCAUUACAAAAAAAUGGGAGAAGCGCGCUGUAAACUACCUCUCGCAUUCCUUCGCCGGUUUCCCUAAUCUCUUCACUAUGCUUGGCCCCAAUGCAGCAAUCGGCUCCGGCAGCCUAACGACCAUGAUCGAAACGGUCGGAGACUACAUCAUCAAAGCGAUCCGCAAGAUCCAAAAAGAAAACAUCGCUUCCAUAGUCGUCAAAGAGGCGCGCGAAAGAGACUUUACAGAAUACAUCGACGCAUACUUUGAGGGCACUGUCUUUGCUGAAGAGUGCAGCAGUUGGUACAAGAAUAAGGUUACAGGCGAAGUCGUGGGUCUCUGGCCUGGAAGUACACUGCACUGCGUCGAGGCAAUGCGGAGCCCGAGGUGGGAGGAUUUCGACUAUGUGUAUGUGGAUGAGCUGGAAGGCGCACAGGACUCUGAUAACGAACUCAAUGGAGUGGGCAAGACGGCGAAUAGAUUGUCUUGGCUAGGCAACGGAUGGAGCACUUUGCAGCACGAAGAUAGGGAUUUGGCGUGGUAUCUGUAUCCAGAGUUUUUAGAUGUGCCUGUCGCGCCGCUGCCGGAGAAGAAGGAGGUCUAUCGCAUACGGCCUUUCUCGCACUAG